GCUUUUGUAUUUUGUGCUCGCACUUCACGUGACUGAUGCCAAAUUGUCUAUAAGUUGCAUACCAGAGCAGUGACGUGUCAUCAGUCACGCAAGGACAAAGUGAUCGAUUACUUGUGAAUAUUUUUUGCGGAGCAUCAAGAUAUUACAUUGCCAUUGUUCGCCGACAUCAAACUAGCAUUUAACAGGUGGUGUGACAAACUUCAUUUUAGAUCUGUUUUCACCUGCUCUCAUCGGGCAUAAAUAUUUACGCGGGUGUCUUCAAUACAGCGCCACUACCGUAAUCAUGGGGAUCGGCACAGGCAGAUUGUUCAUCCAUUCGAUUCGACCAUCGAUAACGAAAUGUCCUCAGUUCGAAAGCGUUUGAGCAGCUAUGGACAGCCAAGCUAGUGGUUUUGGUCGACAAAAUGGAGAUUUUCAAGGAUCUAAGGAUUCCUCUGCCAAAAACGUUCGAGUCGCCAAGCCUAACUCGCUUAGGAAAAUUUCAACGCGGAAUUUUGACAGCCGCGCUUCUUGUGAUACCCACGUUGCAGGCGAUCUUGUGGCAGCGGGAGCAAGAUCAUUUUAGUUCUGAAUUUCGUUGUGGAGUAAAGGAUGGAGAUGUCGAUAGCGCUGUGAGCGAACGAGAGGACCUUACAUUUCAGUUCUUCCAAGACUACACGAACAAAUACAGCGGCGUUUCGCAGGGAAUGUUUGUAAUUUUCGUUUUACUGAAUCUAAUAAUCGUCCAUUUCUACAUGUCCUUUGUCUCCGAUCGAUUUAAUUCGUGGCUCAAGCUUAGGACGACAAAACAGCGUGGCAAAAUUCUAGCCGAGUUGAAGGGUUCGACUGCUGUGUUUAAAGCUCACUCUAUUCAACUCGGCCUGAGGUUGAUGUGUGCCGUGAUCUUUAUUGUUUACAACUGCCUCGCGCACUCAAUUGUCUUACCCACGGAGAGGGAAUAUCUACCUUUCGACGCAAUCUCGUUCGCUACUGCAGUUAUAUGCUACGCUGAUCAAGCUUUCGAAUCAUCAAUCUUUAAUAUAGCUUUGUUGACCUUUGCGACAUUUUCUGGCACUCUGAAUUUGACUGAACUCGUCUAUACUUGGCAAGAAACGAGCGCCUUCGAGCGAAUCUCAGACUAUUAUUUCUGCACGCUUUUGUUACGGCACAAUAGCGUGACAGAGUCCACUAAUAUGCUGAUAGAGAAGGAAUUGUUCUUGGAAAAACAAAGGGAAAAGAUACGCGAUAAAAAGAGGCCAACAGUCCAACUACCACUGAUGAAGUCUAGUAAUGCAACAGUACACAGUAUCCCUUGUAAUUUAUUCAUCUCUCAGCAGAAACUGAAAUAUAGAGGAGUUAAGAAACAGAAACACAAGCAAGAAUUAUUCAGAACUUACAGCAGAACUAAAAAAAUCCCAGUUCGUUCGCUUGAGGACUUGUUAAAACCGAAUAGAGACUCGGCGACACCGAAGAGAAUCCUUGUAACCGGGGCAGCGGGAAUUGGAAAAACGGAGCUCACAUUGCAGCUUGUGGAGCAAUUCAAUACUGCAGAAAGCGGAUUUUGCAAUCUUAAUUUUGUUUUCAUUUUCAAUUUCAAAGAACUCGCUUUUAUCGAUAAUCUCAUUACUUUGCAAGACUUUCUUAAUCACUCGGCUUUUUGUUCGAGACUGGGGGACAUUGUGUACCGGAAGAUUGCGUCAAAUCCAGAAGAGGUCCUCCUUGUUUUUGAUGGCCUCAACGAGUGGACUGUAAAGUCGUUCGUACAGCACACCUGCACGGGAGGAAAUGAAGAGAAAAUGACCGUGUCUUCUAUCGUCUUAAAGCUUCUUUCCGGAGAACUUUUACCGGAAUCAACUAUCAUUGUCACCUCGCGACCAACACCCUUGCUAUCGGAGAUAGUAGAAAUGGUGGCAUUUGACCGGUAUGUAGAGCUUGGUUGCUUUAAGCCAGAGGAGCUCAAGAUCUACAUCCAAGAGUUUUUCCAGCACAAUAAAGAGCUUAUCGCCACAGUGAGAAAUCGCAUUUCCAGCGAACCGAAUCUUCAAGUUCUUUGCCGUUUACCUGAAAACUGCCAUCUACUUUGUUUGUACUUAGACUUCGUGGCCUCAACGAGAACGUCACAAGAAGUCCAAUCUCUCGAGUUACCCUCCUCGACAACAGAAAUCUUCGGGAGAUCAAUUGACACAGCAACAAACGCAGAAUCCGACCAAAGUGAACACAAGACAUUCCCAUCGGAUCACGUUAUUUUCUCAAAGAACUCUCUAGAAGUCUUCGAAAAGCUCUCGUGUCUCGCUUUUGAAGGAAUAAUGAACGAAAGGUAUGUCUUUAGAAAAGAGGAUCUCUCCCAUGUUGAACUUAGUGCAUUCGAGGCUGACUUUCUUGAGGAAGCUGGCCUUUUAUGUCGCUCACGAGGCAAUCUACUCAGACAAGCGGACGUAUAUUGCUUCAGUUGCCUUUCAGUCCAAGAGUAUCUUGCCGCCAGAAGAAUUGUUCAGUCUUCCUCUAUAGGCGAUUUGCGGGAUUUUCUGGAAAAAGCCAACGAGAAUCACUGCGCUACUUUGCAAUUCGUGGCUGGGUUAUGUAAAGAUGGAAAGGAAGGCAGGGGCCUUUUUGUGUGCUUGAUGCAGCACUUAACUGAAGCUAUCAAAGUGAACAGCUUUGUCCACGAACCAGUGAUCGAUAACCAAGCAAUCAUUUUUCUCUGCAAAUGCCUCUUCGAAAACGGGACUAAACUGGGCCAUCCUUUCGCAAGAGAAGCAACCUCUUCCAUAUCGUCAAAGCCUAUCGUCUUCACAGAAAUUGGCACGGACCCACUGGAAACACAAGCGAUUCUUUACUGCUUGAAAGAGGCCAUUGGGAGCAAUGUAAAGAGGGUCAUCUUCGAGAGCAAUGCUAUGGAAGACGACGGGUUCCGUCAGGUGGCCACCUCCAUCUGCGAGGAGUCCUGCAAGUUGGACCAAGUUAAUCUGACAAGCUCAGGUAUCACAGAGGACGCUAUGCUGUCGUUCCUGGAAAUAAGCGCAAGCCACUCUUUUCUUGGAAUAAAGAUUCUCGGGCUGAGAGGCAACGACAUCUCAAGCGAGGGGGCGAGAUACCUUGCGUGUUUGCUCUUCAACGACUGGUGCCAUUUGGAAGAACUCCAUCUUGGCAACAACAGAAUCGGCGAUCUGGGUGUGGAAUAUUUCAGUGAAGCCCUUUGCAGCGGAAGCAGCAGAAUUCACACUUUAGACUUGAGUUCCAAUGGAAUAACCCACAACGGUGUUUUCCACCUGAGCAGGGCUCUCAGAAGUCCAGUUUGUAAUGUCAAACGACUGUACCUUCAGAAGAACAAAAUUCUAGACUUCGGCAUGCAAGAUCUCUGCGAAUCACUUUGCACGGCAGAUUGCAAUCUAAGGGUCUUGUUCGCAAGUUCCAACGAGAUCACUGACGACGGAAUCAUGUUUGUGGAAAAGGCUCUGGCACACAAGUCUUGCAACCUACAAGAGCUCUACCUUGGCUACAAUCUAGUAACUGACAAGGGUGUUAAGAGUUUGCUGCAAGCAUUGCCUACUCAGCAAAUCAACCUGAAGGUUUUGUCCCUGGCCAACAACCCAAUAACGGAUGUUGGUGUGAAAAUGCUGGCCCAUGCCUUGAGAAACUCAAGCUGCAAUCUACAUCGUCUUUGCAUAAGUCUAGGAAGGCCACAAGUGGCUGCCACCAAGGCUUCGAAGCUCCAAGUACGAUACGUUAAUGCCUUCUAAACGAAGGGUUCUCGUAGAACCAACAGGAAAACGGCUCAAUCUUGAAACUUCCUGUUUGUAGACACUACGUCAAACGUUUUCCCAGUAAGCAGUGUCUUUCCGGAUAAGAACCAUUUUUGCCAUCAGACCUUUCGUUUUUAUUGGUCACCAAGGUUUGCAUGCCCCACCAAAUUGCCCCAGCCAAACGAAUUUGGUGACCCUUUUUACCAUUGUUGCUACGCGUUUGACAAUACGUUAUUUUGUACUAUUUGUAGCCCGGCAUAGAUGUCAUUUUGGAUCACUGACGCUUAGCGUUUCGAAUUUAUUUUGAUUAGUAAAGCCCUCGAUUCAGUAAUUACAGGUCAUAUUAGCGAUACAACGAAUUCUUUCAAAAAAACAGAAUUUCUUUUAUAGCUGAGGGUUUAAAUGAAUCUUUAGCAAAUACCUUUAAGAUACGCAUUGUUAUAUCUUAUCCUGAAGUAUCGCUUAAUUCAGUCACUGGAAUUUAAAAAGCACUAGAUUAAAACCAAUGUCAUGACUCUAGAGUAUUCAAUAAAUUAUUUUUUGCUGCAGGUGAAGCUUCCGUUCCCCCGUCCUACUGCUAAAUAAAUAAAAUAAAAUAAGUUAACACGUUUCACG